AUGAAGUUCAUGAAAGUGGGCCGUGUGGCCAUCAUCACCCGUGGCCGCUUCGCCGGUAAGAAGGUCGUCAUUGUCCAGCCCCAGGAGACUGGCUCCAAGGCGCACCCUUUCCCCCAUGCCAUCGUCGCCGGUAUCGAGCGCUACCCCUUGAAGGUUACCCGCCGCAUGGGUAAGAAGCUCCUCGACCGCCGCAGCCGCAUCAAGCCCUUCAUCAAGGUUGUCAACUACAACCACCUGAUGCCCACCCGCUACACCCUCGAGCUCGAGGGCCUCAAGGGUGUCGUCUCCCAGGACACCUUCAAGGAAGUUUCCCAGCGCGAGGACGCCAAGAAGACCAUCAAGAAGGCUCUGGAGGACCGCUACACCUCCGGCAAGAACCGCUGGUUCUUCACUCCUCUGCGUUUCUGA